GCGUGUGGUAUGCUGUCAUGAUUGUUGAAAGGAACAUUGGGAGCUACUUCUGACUUGUCGGUUAUUGGAGAAGCAAACAUGGUUAAAACCUUUGCUCAUCCUUGACCUAUCACCUUGAUUCCCCUUUGAACCAUGAUAGCUACUUGUAUUGUUUGGACAGUUCUUGUUGAGUAGAAACAAAAACAAGCGGUUUGGGAUGAACACUGGAGGAUAUUGCAUCGUGCUGAGUUUUUUGGAUGACGCCAGCAAGCACAAUGUCUCCUUGGCAGCAAGAGCGUUGCAUCCGCUUUUCCGGAUGCUUUAUAAACACUGGAUGUAUCUUGGAUUGACAGUAAACCAGGAACAUAACCUUCAUGCCAAGAUUCCUAGUUACGUUUCAUACCCAGCAGUAACAGCUGGCAGUGGGCAUCCAUUAGAUCAGCUCUUAUUUCUAUCUGGCCAACAACACGGAGCAUGCUCUUCUGGGUUCGACGAUCUUUUCAAAUUCAACUCGAGCUGCUAUGUGAAGCAAAGACUGUUUCACAAAGCCCAAACGCAUCAGAGAGAAGUGGACGGUUCACCACCGGAAUUUCUCAAAUCAAAUAUCUGGUUGAAAUGGUUCCGUCUGAACAACAGUCUUCUUUUUUUUGGUAAAGAAUGCAGAAAACGAUUGAUAAACAGAGUAAAUCAAAAUUCACAGUACCGUUACAUGGACUGUAUAUUGCAUAGCAUUUCCAAAUAAACUUAUCUAGACUCAUUCACAGUA